CAUUGGCAACAUCUUUUCUUGUGUGUACCCACCCAUUAAAACAUACAAGCUUCUCUCUCUCUCUCUCUCUCUCUCUCUCUCUCUCUCUCUCUCUCUCUCUCUCUCCUGUGUGCUAGUGCUAGAGAUGGAUAGCAGUUGCAUAGAUGAGGCCACAAGUGAUUCAAUUUCCAUGUCGACGGUUCCAAUUUCACCAUCAAAACUGCCAUCCGACGGCCUACAACGUGUCGGGAGCGGCGCGAGCGUAGUCCUCGAUCCAGAGAUCGGCGUCGAGGCCGAGUCACGCAAGCUGCCAUCAUCCCAAUACAAAGGAGUAGUCCCUCAGCCCAACGGCCGAUGGGGUGCUCAGAUCUACGAGAAACACCAGCGAGUCUGGCUCGGCACCUUCAAUGAAGAGGCGGAAGCAGCUCGUGCCUACGACGUCGCCGCACAGCGAUUCCGCGGCCGGGACGCCGUCACCAACUUCAAACCACUGUCCGACGAUGCUGGACCUGAUCAGGCCGAGACCCACUUCCUGAAUUCCCAUUCUAAGGCUGAGAUUGUCGACAUGCUACGUAAACACACGUACAAUGACGAGCUCCAGCAGAGCAGACGCAACUACAAUGGCUUGAACAAGGCCAUGAAGAGAAACGAUGGUGUGUUGGAUGAAUCCAACGGCUGGCCGAAGGUGAGAGAGCAGCUCUUUGAUAAGGUGGUGACUCCAAGCGAUGUAGGGAAGCUGAAUCGAUUAGUAAUACCAAAACAGCAUGCUGAGAAGCAUUUCCCUCUGCAGUUGGGAGCUGCCACCAAAGGAGUUCUGCUGAAUUUUGAAGAUGCUGAAGCGAAGGUAUGGAGAUUCCGAUAUUCGUAUUGGAAUAGUAGUCAGAGCUAUGUUCUAACAAAGGGUUGGAGUCGGUUCGUGAAGGAGAAGGGAUUGAAAGCUGGAGAUGUCGUCACCUUCCAGAGAUCGGUGGGGGCUGAGAAGCAAUUGUAUAUUGAUUGGAAGCCAAGGCCAGGUGGGUUUGUGGGACCCACCAAGACGGUGCAGCCGGUGCAGGUGGUUAGGCUUUUUGGGGUUGACAUUUUCAAAAUUCCGGUAUCGAACGUUGCAGCCGCCGCAGGUGGUGGUGGUGGGAGUGGUUGGAAUGGGAAGAGGAGUAGAGAGGUGGAGUUCUUGCCAUAUGAGUGUUGUAAGAGGCAAUGCAUAGGAGCUUUGUAACAGCUCUUUUCCUUUUUCUUUUUCUUUUUUUUUUUUUUU